AUGACCCUCCGUAUCGGUGCCGCGAUCCUCUUUGGAGCGGUGAUUCCAUGGAAGCCAGCAGCCUCUCCUGGUGAAGCUGCUGAAGGCCCGCAUCGACCUCGGCCUCCUCUUGACGACGAGGAUCGAGAUGUACAGCUUCGCGGGCAAUUCAUUUUGCAAGAUUCUUUUGCAGGGUCGGAAGCUGCCUCGUCCUCUGAGCAUGUGACGUCGGCACCCGUCGCUCAUGUGAACGAAAGCUGCGGUGAGGACGCUGGUCUACCCCGACGGCGCGAUUCUCCGGUUGAUGAUCAAGCUCGGCGGGAGCUGAGCCCCGGGGAGGACCACCAGAGCACGAUCCCGAACAACAGGAACGAGAUGACCUCUCCCAUCCCAGCGGCCAUUGGAGAAUGGAUGCCCCGUGCGCUGGCACGGCUGCAGCGACUACGGGUGCAAGGACUUGGCUGGGAGUUGGCGUGGACGCAGGUCGUGCGCAAUAUCGACCAGAGAGGGGACAAGCAGUACUGGAAGUGGUCCAAGCGAGAACUUCGAGGACUCAGGAUGGAGUUUGGACCGGCAGUGCAGUGGCACCUCUACGACAGCGAUGACCCGCACAACCUUGAGUAUGCAUGGGCCGAUUGGGUGGAGGAAUGUGCCCACAGCACCUACCGGGAUGCCACCUCCCGAUUCAGAGAGCAGCCCGUUGACCGCGCCCCUGACUCCCCACACCAGCUCUGUGACAUCGACAUGUUGCCAGCUUUGCCGGCAUCGCCCCAAAGCGCCACUUCAAGCUCCAACGCCUCUGACUCCGACCCGGACACCCCCGGGACAGACACGGAAGAGGUGAACCUUCUUGGCCUGCAACAGACUGUCGCAGCAACGUCCUUUUACCUGGGACGGUCUUUCCAUGAAGAGGACACCCUCUCCACGGCGCCCAGAUGGCUUCAAGAUGCGGUGGAACGAUUGCAGUUGCUUCUCGACAGGGGGAUGGAAACCACGGCACUCCAGCGGGACGUUGUCGUCACCAUCCGAGCCACUGAUGACCAGCGGUUCGUUGACGACAUGGAACCGCGGAUGAACUUGAUCCUCCGGGCGUUGCAGGAGUACGACCCGAUUCAGGACGACCCCGUUAUUGACCGCAUGGGGGCACCGUCUCAGGAAGAGAUUACGGAGCUCCUCGCAUGGUUGACAGGGCAGCUGCGACACAGAUGGCUUAUGCAGGUCUGCCCCAUUGCGACGAGGAACAUGAUUCAUGAGAGCACGAUGCAGCGACUGGGAUACAGGGUACCAGUACGGGGUCAACGAUCUGAAGAGGAAGAACAGGAACGGAGAACUUUGUCCCGCUCCCGCACCCCGCAUAGACGCCCGAGUAUCAGGCCGCAUGAUGGCCAGGAUGAUGAAAGUGCUCCGGACCAGCUCAGCCUUUUCCAGCACCACCUGAAUCCUGGCAGAACGUGGGAGCAACUCCUGGAUGUCCUGGACGCAUGGCACCAAGAAGGGCGAGCGACCGAUAUGGCACUCGCCAUGCUCCGGCGAGGAUUCACGCGAGACCACAGCAAACCUUUCACCGGCUGGGUUUGUCACGACCGCACUCCCCCGUGCUUUUACCAGUGGGCCACGCAAAUGGAAGCACACCUCUACCAAGCCUUUCAAAGGGAGGGACCGACGGAGGCGGACCACGACAUCGGGAGCCCCGCCGAUCCGACAGGGGCGGACACAGGGACCGAGGCAGAGACUCCAGAUCUCCACGCCGACCCAGGGAGCGGGUCACCCGCGAGGCACUCUUUGCCGGAUGCUGACGACGUGGUGGAAGUGAUUCCGGAGACUGAGGAGGGGGCAGAGAGGGCAACGGGUAGUGGUGACCGAAUCUCUAGGCGCCCUCGUGACUUCGAAGAGAACCUCCCACCGGGCGUCCCUGACCUGCGAGAACCUAUGACAACGGAUCAGGCAGCCGACCUCUGGCUCUUCCUGCUCUUUGAUAGAAGCUUUUAUCAAAGGGAGUCCGCAGGGCGAGUUCCCGAGCACUGGCUGCCCAGGACUCUGCAGGAUGAUAUUUGCAGGUAUGUCUCACACAUGUCUCGAGAGAACAGGGCUAUCUUCGUCCUGGCGAUUGUCCACGUGCUGCGCUACCUCAUGGUGGAACUUGGGGAGGCAACCCGCAUUGGUGAGGCAGUGAGUGACCUGCGGGAUGGACUGGAGACCCUUGACCUGGACGAAGAGGAGCCGGACGAGGCCGCCAUGAUGCAAAAGUUCGACCUCACAGGGGGAAAGGAUAGUAUGGAAGGGCGGUGGAGCCGCCUCCUGCUUCGUUUGCAAACCUCUUUGAGUGGGGUAUCGGCGGCAGUCCGCCGCGGCAGGGCCCUGAUGCUCCGUGCGGCCAUGACAACAAUUUCGCCUGGCACUGUGGCUGCUGAGCGGUCAGGACAACUACAGGCUCUCAUUGUGGCCUACCUGGACGAUGUCACCUCGGGCGCGAAUGAUGUGGACAUGGACACAGCUUGGAUUCACCACUGGAGCCAGGAACUCACCGCGCUCUUGCCGGGGAUUACCUUGCCACCUGCAGUUGUGACCGGGGAGGAAGAAGGCAAUCGUGCCAAGAACCAAGCUGAGAAACCUGGGAAGCACCUGGGACAAAUGGUGGCGGCCGACGCGGAGGAGGACGACAUCUCCCAUUGCCAGGCAGCUGAUGGUCAAGCUCAGGAGAUGGACUACCUCAGGCAGGAGGCUGAGGAGUUUCUACAGUGGGAGCGCAGACUGGUCGAGGCGGAACUUGAACGGCGAGUGGAGGUCACAAAGCGUCGAAGAUGUGUUCUGCGCUUGGAGGAGUUCGAGAAGCUCUACGAUGCCUGGCAGAAAGGUGACCUCUCCUCAGCGGAUGUCAUGGGUCAACACGGACGGGAAGUGCUGGAGCUCAUGGAAGCUCAGCAAGUUGUGGCUGCUGCGGAGGACGAGUCGAUGAAUGCAGCCCAGGGACAGGUGGUGGAAGCUCCUGUGCAUCAGCAAACAGCGCUGCCAGCUCCCUCUGGCUCUACGGGUGACCAUGGCCGAGAAAACCUGGAGAACGACUACAAGCCUGAUUACGGCACCUUCGUUCGGCUCUAUGACAUCUGGAAGAAAGGGUUUGUGGCUGACAACUAUGUCACUGAUAGCUAUGGGGCAUCAUGGUUGCGGCUGUUUCAGCAGUGGCGAGCCUCUGGGUUCCCUGCCAUCAUCGCGGAGCUGCCAUCGAUCGUUUGCAUGCCUCCGACGGAACCAGGACCUGCACGUCCUGAGCACGACAACCCUGCCCCCGCUACUGACCCAGAGACUGAUGUUGCCGGCCAACCUACGCAACAUGAGUCGCCGAUCACACCGGUCGCACUGGAUGAGCCGACGGCCUCUACAUCUACCUGGGUCAGUUUCGACACCGGCUUUCAUCAGUGGAACAGGGGUGAGAUUUCGGAUGAGCAAGUUGUUGCCCUUGGUGGAGAAGAAUGGCUGAGCCUCUAUUACCGUUGGAGACUAUGGGGGCGAGGGCACAUUCUUCCUGAAGCUCGUGCUUUACUGGGUGAAACAAGAGCAGUCGGUGUGCAAAGUAUACUUUCGGAUCAACGAGCCGGCUGGUGGCUUGACAGUCGGCAGCCGUUCUCCCGGUUUCGGCGUGUGUACUGGCAGUGGCACCAUGGCGAAAUCCAAGAUGGGGAGGUCCUUACAACCUAUGGGGAAAGCUGGCUCCGCCUGUUCUUCGACAUCGCCAAGAACGGGGUUGAUGCACACAGGGCACAGAUAUCCGAAGUAGUCACAUGGGACGUAUGGACUCUGAUGCCGGGGAGCGACGCGGGUGACGGCAUACUCGGCGACCAGUACAACCGGAUGAAAAGAGGGAGGUCCCUGAAUGCUAAACUGAUCCUCAAUCCGUACUGGCCUGGAGCCGCUGAAGAGCUUGUGCAUAGCGGUGCUCCGCCCGCAGUCAGCACUGGUAACGAGGCGGAAGCCGAUGCCGCCUACCGAGCGAAGGAGCUUCAGGAUGCCGCUGAUGCAGGCCGCGAGGCCGCGGCUUUAGCCGCCGCCGAACAGGUCGCGAAGGCCAACGCUGAGGCAGCCGAGAAAGCUCGGGAAGCCGAGGCGGCUCACGCGGCCCGGCUCGCGGCAGAGCAAGCGGCCGAAGCGGCCAUGGCCGAAGCGGCACAGAUGCGGGCCGAAGCCGAGGAGGCUCGUCGUCAAGCAGAGGACGCGCAGCGAGUGAAGACGUCCGAGGCAAAGGCACGUCGAGAUGCAGAAAAGCGCCAGACAGAAGCCGAGGAGGCAAUGAAGGUCGCUGCCAAGCAGGCCACAGAAGCGGCUGCCGCCGCCAAGGCCCAGGCUCGGGCUGCCUCCGAAGCGGUGCGCUCGGCUGCCGGCUCUCAGGUGGCCUCAACUGAAGUCGUGAGUGAUGCGGAUGCAGCAAGGCGUUCCGAAGAUCUGCGGCAGCAGGCGCAGGAGGAACUCCAGCGUGCACAGGGAAGUGGUGUGCCGCAGCUGCCCUUGUCGCAGCUGGAGCAGAAUCGCUCCACGCUUCUGGUCUCAGCUACGGAUGCAGCUCAGAUGGGAGAGCUCACUUCCCGGAGUCUCGGAAAGAUCUCCGCCACGGGGAGCGAGGUUCUGAGAGAUGUCUUCGACAUCGCCGCAAUCAGCCUGGUGGCCGACAUUGUCGAUGUGGGCAAAGGUGAGCACUACAAGCACUGCUUCUCUGUCUUGGGCCCGGCCGGGGCCCCGCCGCCCCCCCUUGCGCUGGCGCUCUCCCGGGCAGUGCUGCUUCGACAAAUUACCAAGUCCGGCCCUGCCACGUUGCUGCACCUUCUUGAGGUCCACUGGCGGGAAUCACCCAAGACAGCGUGGCUCAGUGCGGUCUACAAGGACGUGGUCCAUGUUGCGCAGUACAUGCCUGCUGCUCAAGCACUCUUGGGGACUUCCGAUGUCCUUGCGUCGUUGCUGGAUGCCGUCAGAGAUGAUUUGUACUGGUGGGUCCGGCAGGUCAAGGCAGCCUGCAAGCUCGCCGUCGCUGACAUGGAGGCGUGGUGUCACCGGCAGCCCAUGCCGGUUGUGCCUACGCCGACUGAACCAUUGUCCGGGCAAGUCCCUGCUGAGUCUGUCAACUUCGUGUGCCCCUGGUGCCCGGCAACCUUCCCCAAAAGGAAACACCUGGGGGCACAUAUGGCGCGAUCGCAUGGAGUAUACUCCCCUGUGCGGCACAUCGUGUACCACGACACGUGUGUGCACUGUCUCCGCUGUUUUCGCACCAUUGCGAGACAUCAGGCUCAUUUGAAGCACAACGACGAGUGUUUGAUGCAAACGUGCCUACGGGUGCCCACCAUGCCGAUCUCCGAAGUCAGGGAGGUCGAGGGAGCUGAGUGCCGACGGGCCAAGAGCAUUCGGCGAGGAGCCUGGGCGGCCUUCACGGCUGCACUUCCCACCGUCCAGACACUGGGACCCAGGUCCAUCACUGAGUCUCUGCUCCUUACGGAGGAGGCUGCUAGGGCCAAGGCGCAAGAGGAAGCUGAGGCAGCGGCAUGUGCUGCGGCAAUGGAGGCAGCAAUGGAGGAAGCGGCAGUGGCAAAGAGGCGAGCAGAGGCCGAGGAGAGAGCACGUGCUGAGGCCACUGCGGCCGCACAAGCUGCUGAAGAGGUCCGUAUUGCUCAGGCCGAGAUGCAGAUAGCAUCACGACUCGCCCACGAAGCCGCAGCUGCUGCCAAGGCGAAAGCGCGUUCGGUCGCGGAGUCCUACUCGUCUCAGGCAGCGAAACGGCCUUUUCAACAGUCAUGCACUUGCCGCUGCCUGGCAUGGGAUUUCGGUGGUGGCAAGAUGAGAAGAUACUUCUCUCGAGGCAUAGCAACGGACAGCGUCAGCCUGGCAAACCAGCUUGCAGAAGCCGGCGAGGCGCAGAAAGUGCGAGAGUUGUUGGAGCCACUCUUGACGGGCGGGGAAAAGAAGCCCUUCUUGUUCAACAUCGUGCUGAAGGCUUAUGCCAAUGCCGCUGAUCUGCUAGGAGCGGAGGCCUGGUACCGGCGGAUGCUCGCGUCGAAAGUGAGUCCAAAUGUCAAGACUUUUGGCAAGCUCUGCAAAAGCGCCGCCAAAGCACGGCAGCCUCUGAGCGCCGAGCGAUGGUUCUUCCGGGCUGCAGAGCGGUUGCCGGUGUCCUCCGUGCAUUUGGGGACACUUCUGGACGCUUGCAAAGAGGAUCCUCAACGUGGGGAGUCUUGGCUUCGCCGAAAAGAGCUUCUGAAUCUGGAUCUCCCUAAGAGCUCCGAAGAAGUCGCGCCGACUUCGACGUCGCCUGCGGCUUACGGGGCUUCCCUGGCAGCCUGGGCCAAGUCUGGCGACCUCAGGAGUGCCGAAAUGGCAUUUCAUCGGGCUGUGCGUGAAGGUGGCGUCAGCUCGCGGCUUUGGGCAAUCUUAUUAGAUGCAUACUCGAAGAGCAGUGCCACCGCGAAGGCUGCAGAAUGGUUCCAAGCUGGAAUUGAGAUGCACCUCAAGCCUUGCGCCGUGAGCUACACAUCUGUUAUGGAUGCUUUUGCUCGAACUAGAGACAGUCCCGCUGCCGAGAAGUGGAUGCUGGCACUGAUUCGGGACGGCAUCCGAUUGGAAAACCCGUCAUGCGUGGUCCUUCUGGGAUCGUGGGCAAAGAUGGCAGAAGUUGAGCGUGUGGAAGCUUGGAUGGGGCGAAUGCGAGCUGCAAAGGUGUAUUUGGACAUAAUGGCACACACGGCUCUCAUAUCGGCUUGCGCUGCAGCCGGAGACGCCGAAAAGGCGGAAGCGGUGCUUCAGGAGCUCUGCACUGCUGGACUUGAGCCGGAUGUGGUUCCUCAUACGGCCGUGGUCCAGGCUCACCUCAAGUCGCAUCAUCCGGAACGCCUCGCCCGUGCCUGCAACGCCAUGGAGCGGAUGAUGAGCGAUGGGAUUGCACCAAAUGCGCUGAGUUUCGGUCUCCUGAUUGGAGGCUUUGCAUCCGAAGGCCACACUGCUGAAGCAGAGGACUGGUAUGCAAGAAUGAGGUGGAAUCUCAGAGCUGCAGACCUUGUCGCACACAAUGCCGUGAUCAAUGCUGCAGCCAGAGCUGGUGAUGCGGUUCGAGCUCAGCUCUGGUGGGAGCGGCUGGAAGCCUCUGAGCUCCCGGCAGAUGCGACGAGCAUGAACACGGUGCUGGAUGCCGUGGUCCGCGCGGCUCCGGAGGAGGCUUUGGUCUCUUAUCAGAGCUUUCAAAAAGUGGGGAGUCGGAGAGAAAUGGCGUGGCCAACAGAAGUGACGUUUGCCAUCCUCAUGCGCCCCUUCGCCUUAGGAGGGGACCUGAAAGGCGUGGACCGCCUGUGGCAGCAGAUGGUCAGCGAUGGCAUCCGGCCACAGCCCUGCAAUCUCUGGGCAGUCCUCUCCGCUUGCGCCAACUCAAACCCGAUGUUGCCAGACACGGCUGUGCAGCGAUAUCAGGACUGGGUGCAACAGGGCGGCAGCACUGAUCGUCAUGUUGUUUCCGCACUCCGCGCCGCUUUGGGCGAGACGAAGCUCAAAAGGACCAAAAUAUGGUCAUCCUGGGGCAGCUACCGGGGCCCCUAUUGGCCUGUUGGGGAUUCUUAUACAAAUCGUUUCACUACUUAG